CAGACAAAUACAGCAAAACCUGGUUGAAAACAGCAUCACCAGUUUAAAUAUAAAAGUGAGAAGGGCACGUUGUUUGACCCAAACCAUCUCACCUCUCUCAGCUCCUCUGCUAUAUCCUGUGUAUUUGUUGUCCUCUGUUUCAAGAACAGUGUGAUUAUGGCAGUGUGGCUCCAGGCUGGUGCUUUGCUGUUCCUCUUGGCUGUCUCUAUUGUCAACACAAAUGGAGAAACCCAGCAUCGUCUGUGUGGAUCUGACCUUGUUGGAGCAUUUAUGCGGGUCUGUGGCAGCUCCAAGAGAGAUGUUGACCUCCUCCUGGGUUUCAUUCCUCCUCAAUCUGGCCAGGAAAAUGAGGUGUCUGACUUUGCAUUUAAAGAUCAUGCUGAGCUGAUAAGGAAGAGAGGCAUUGUGGAGCAGUGUUGCUUCAACACAUGCACAUACACUGAACUGAAGAAUUACUGCUAAAGAACCUGCACAUUUCUAAUGACAACUGCCAAAGACACCGCCUGUUUACAGAUUGGUAUCAGCUUUAACGCUCUUGAUUUGUGCUUUUCUGAGAAAAUAAAAUGUUAUCAAAUGAACACAGAA